CCAUAAUGAAAGCAAUUCGCGAUACGUUAUUACCAAUCCUUCAAUAAAAAUUGGGUUCAUUGAAGGAGGUAACAGACGCACUCACAGCCUUCCCACAAUGGAGGAAGUUGCUGCUGUCAUAUCUAUUGAGUAUAGCGAUAGAAGCUUCAGAGAUAUUAUACUUAAGAAGAAGUGGUUGUAAAAACAGCAUAUGUCAUGGCAGUACUCUCAAAAAAUCAGUCAACAAUGCUGCAUACAUCUCACCCACUACGUCCUUUUAUUUCCUCAUGGAACUUAUGGAUGGUCAUUGGUGCCUGCGGCUCUCUCUCUUUACCAACAGCCACAGUUACUCUUUCUGCUGCUACUACGGUCGUUGAAAAUGGAACUCGUGUAGAGCUGAAUCUAUCGUAAC